AUCGCCACUUGUCGUCAACUGUCUCAGCGAUUGCGCAUUUCCAUACAACCCUCACAGUCAAAACACAGGAUUAAAUCAUAAUGGUUGAUACUUGCACUUGUCAGAAUAAUUGCAGCGCAUGUGGCCCUUCUGGUACAGGAUGUGCUUGUCCCAAGGAUAAAUGCGAAUGCGCAGACUGCCCUAACAAUGCAACUAAGGCCCAUGCCGAGAGCUGUGCUUGUGGUGGAAGCGGUCAGGGGUGCGCUUGUGGAAAGGAUUGCAGCUGUGGUAAGGCUUGCACCUGCUCAGGAGACUGCACCUGUGGAGGAAAGGCUUAGCAGGCCUUAGGGCUUGAUCGUGGACGUUUCAGCAUCUAUAA